AUGCUAACUUCCGGUGUCACAAAAUUAUUAAAUACUUUCGGUUUCGCAAAAGAAGAUGAUUCUGGUAAACAUUAUGAAUCUUUGAAAAUAACUCAAGGCUGCAUCCGAGGUUUGAAAGUCCAAUCAAUUUAUGGCGAUUGGUAUUAUAGCUUUGAAGGCAUACCUUUCGCUGAGCCACCUGUAGGACGUUUACGGUUCAAGUCACCGCAACCCAUUGCCUGUUGGAGCGGCGUUAAAGAUUGCUUACAAUUUAAGCAUAAGCCGUUACAGAAGAAUGAAAAUGGUGAAAUAGAAGGCUCUGAAGAUUGCCUAUAUUUGAACGUUUUUAGUAAAAAUAUAUUUACUGACAAAAAAUUGCCAGUAUUAGUAUGGAUAUAUGGCGGUGGAUUUGGUACUGGUGGUUGCAUCAGAGAUUACAUAUACGGCCCGGACUAUUUCAUGAUGGAAGACGUAGUCUUAGUUACUUUCAAUUAUCGUCUAUCAGUGAUCGGUUUCCUUAGCCUUUCUGACCCUGAUGUAGGAGUACCUGGCAAUGCUGGUUUGAAAGAUCAAGUAUUAGCCUUAAAAUGGGUUAAAUGCAAUAUCGGUUACUUUGGCGGUGAUCCUAAUAAUGUUACCCUAUUCGGACAGAAUGCGGGAGGAUCUUCAGUUCAUUAUAUGCUUAGCACAGAUCGUGCUCGUAAUUUAUUUCAUAAAGCAAUUUGUCAAUCCGGUUGCAUGUUACACGAUUGGGCCAUCAGUAAUGAUGCCAUCGAAUUAACGUAUCUUGUUGCGUGUAGGAAAGGAUAUAAAGGUCCUCGGAACAAUGAUAAAUGCAUUUUGGAAUUCUUACAAGCAGUACCUGCCGAAAAAUUAAUUGAUAUAGAUGAUCUGGACACAGUAGGACGAUAUAAGAGUUAUUUAUAUGCCUUUAUGCCCUCGAUUGAACCGUAUGAAAGUGAGGAUUCUAUUAUAACAAGACCAAUUUGGGAAUUAAUUAAAUCCGGUUGGGGUAACAGUAUACCGCUUAUUGUCGGUGGCACAUCAUUCGAAGGCCUAUCUAUGUACCCAAUAUUGAAAAAAUUACCAGAAAUUGUGGAAAGAUUGAAAAAUAAACGAGUCAAACUUCUUCCCAAUGAUGUUCCCAUUGAAUGCACAAAUAUGGCAAAAAUAUUAUCUAAAUUGCAUUUUGGCGAAAAGCAGACAAUUGGUGAUAAUGUUUGUUCACUUUUGGAUUACUAUUCUUAUCGCAUGAUCUGGCACGGCCUUCACCGAUUUCUCUUAGCUCGUUUGAAGUAUGCGAAAGCGCCCACUUAUCAGUACUGUUUUGAUUUCGACUCGCCCAUCUUUAAUCAUCAUCGCGAACUACUCUCUGGUGGUGAUUUUACCGAAGGCGUUGCUCAUGGCGAUGAUUUGUCGUAUCUCUUCUAUUCAUAUUAUUCGUCUAAGCUCGAUAACUACUGUCAAGAAUAUUUUAUUAUAAGACGUAUGAUUCGAAUGUGGACAGCGUUCGCCAAGACAUCAAAUCCGAAUUGUGAAUAUAUAUGCAGUUGGCAUGAUAUUAAAACGGCGGGUGUUUGCAAAUGGAUGAGUAUUGCCUGUGAACUGAGAUUCAUUGACAUGCCGAAACAAAUAAUAGAGAAAAUCAAAGUUUGGGAUGAUAUAUACGGUGAUGGUAUAGUAGAAUAA